AUGACGAAGAACUAUGAACGUGAGGAUCUGUAUCCCCUGCGGCAAACCGACGACAACGACGAGUAUAGCAAUGCAGGAUUUCUCUAUGACGCCACCACGGCUGCUGUGGCUGAGGCCAUAAACCGUAUAUUCCUGCCUUUACCGGUCAGAGCGGCAUUCAUGCGGACUUUGAAUAACCUUGACUCAAAGCGUUGUGCAGAACUGAACAGACAAGUUGAUGCAGCAAUUGAAGCAGCAUUCAAUCCCGAUCCAAAUCGCAGCGUCGAGCUUGACAAUGGCGCUUUCGUCGCAGUGAACUUCUUUGAUCAAAAGGGAACCCAUCUAGGGUGGUUGGGGCCCAAUGGGCAAGUUGUCAAGAUCCAAAACGAUGGGCCACUCGGUAUUUUCCAGCUCGAAUACACGCCAGAAUCCCCGGACGAAGCCAGCAGGAGAGCACCCGGAAGACAUGAACUGAAUAUACCUGCUGACGAAACCACCGGAAGAGCAACCGGAAAAUCAACCGAAAGACCUGAACUAGAUAUACCUCCCGCAACGAAAACUCCCGUUGUACAAAAACAGCCACCCCCGUCGAGAGGACAUCGUCGACUGCAACAUCCGUACCUAGCCCGAUUGGGCCGCACCGCCCCUUGGAGCUGGAAUAACCGGGCUUCCUUUUGA